AUGAAAUUUAGCGAAACGACUGCAAUCACCGUUGGUAAUAUCUCUAGAACUUUGGAUCGAGGCAUGAAGCUCAUCUUGGAAGUCACAAGUGCUCCAAAAAAAAAUCAGUUUUCAGAAUUUCCAUUUUAUGAAGGGCGAAAGCUUUGUGACAUUCCUGUUCUUUCAGAUCAGCUUAAAAAAGAUUAUAAGCGGUCAAUUGAAAUGUAUCAGAAAUCAUUAGAAGAAACUAUAAAGCUUUCUCAAGGUAGUACAAAUGUAAAUGGAUACAUUUUUGCAGAUAGGAAUAUAAUUUUCAAGAGAUUUGAAAAAGAAUUGAUGUGUCAUAUCUACAUAAUAGAAUCAGAAUUAAUGAGAGAUGAAAUAAUUUUAUCAAAAUUAAAAUAUUUCUUACAAUCGAACAAUGUUAAUGCCGAUGCUUUUAUUGAAGCUCACAAUAACGAAAAAAAGAAAUCAGGUAGAACCAGAUACUCCAAAAGAACUACAACCUAUUUAGAAUCUGUUUUCCAGAAGAAGAGAAAAUUGAAUGCCAAAGAGCGAACAAAAAUGUCUAAAGAGUCAGGAUUGACUGGGAAACAAGUCAGAGUUUGGCUUACUAAUAGAAGAGCCAGAGGUGGCCCAUCCACUACUCCGGAAAUAACAACAUGA